CACUCUUUUAGACACGCAUUCUAGAUAGCCUCAACAUCGAUUUUUGGGGCUAUUUGUACAACACCUGUAUUUUCAUAACAAAUCAACGUUCAGAGCCGAGACACUUUACAUUUUGUAGAGAAAUGUUUAAUCUGCUGAAUUAUCUAGUUGUCAUUUACGAUUAGUUUGUAGCUUUAUUGCAAUAACUUUUCGAAAAAGAGCAAAACAUGAAAGUCGUUAGCUGGAGAAGCCGUGAUGUAUUAAGUUAAAAUGUAGAAAUUGACCGUUGUACGGGCGAUCUAACGAUAGGAAAUAAUUUGCAGUAGAAAUUCCAACAUUUCUAUUUAGAGAUUUUAAGUUUUCCUAUUUGGAGUUUCGUUUAUGGAUUGGUAUAUGGACGGCCGUUUUAUUAUUGGCGUUAGUUGUUUUCAAUCUAAGUUUCCUUGUUCGAUAUAUAACACGUUUCACUGAAGAUUGUUUCGCUUCUCUCGUUGCCAUUAUUUUUAUUAUUGACGCCGUUCGUGAAACAUUUGAUAUUCGUAAAAGAUAUCCGGUGAAUUAUCAUCCAGAUGUACCAUUAGAUUAUAACUGUUCUUGUAUAUUUCCGUCUAAUUCAGCUUACAAUGAUAGUGAUGAGUUUAAUAGAACAGAAUGUGUAAAAUUAGGUGGUUCACUCGUAGGCUCCGGCUGUUUAACACCAAAAUAUUAUUCGGAUAUCUUCUUUUUUUCGGUUCUAUUAUUCUUUUUCACAUUUAUUAUCUGUUUAACAUUAAAAGAGUUUAGAAAUACAAAAUUUUUGCCAAUGAAGAUUCGAACAACGAUUAGUGACUUUGCCGUAUUAAUCGCUAUUAUUCUAAUGUCCUGUUGGGAUUUAUAUUUGGGUUUGGCGACACCCAAACUUGUCGUGCCAUCGGAGUUUAAGCCAACUCGCCCUCAUGAUCGUGGAUGGAUUGUUCCAUUUUACACUGGUAAAAAUCCAUGGUGGACAAUUCCAUUAGCCAUUUUGCCUGCACUUAUCGGCACUAUUCUUAUUUUUAUGGAUCAACAAGUAACAGCCGUUAUUAUUAAUCGCAAAGAAUUUAAACUAAAGAAAAAAUUAGGUUAUCAUUUGGACUUAUUUGUAUUAGCAAUAACAAUAUUUAUUUGUUCAUUAUUGGGUCUGCCGUGGUUUGUUGCUGCUACCGUUUUAUCAUUGACUCAUGUUAAUGCAUUGAAAAUUAUUUCGGAUAAUACAGCACCUGGUGAAAGACCAAAAUUUGAAGGAAUUUUAGAACAACGUAUCAGUUGUUUAUUAAUGUCAAUUUUAAUUGGUUUAAGUGUCUUCUUCACUAAAAUUUUAAGAUUUAUUCCUAUACCAGUACUGUAUGGUGUAUUUUUAUUUAUGGGUGUUAUCGCGUUGCGUGGAAUGCAAGUUUUUGAUCGUGUACUGAUUUUCUUCAUGCCAAGCAAAUAUCAACCAGAUCAUCCAUAUUUACGUCAUGUGACCAUUUGGCGUGUUCAUCUAUUUACUGGUAUUCAAAUUUUGUCAUUAGCCGGCAUGUUUGUAGUUAAAAGUGUUAAAAUGAUUGCAAUCGCUUUUCCACUACUGGUACUUGCAACAUGUUUUAUUCGUAAAUUAAUGGAUUAUAUUUUUACUCAAGAAGAACUCUAUUGGUUAGAUGAUAUUUUACCUGGACAUAACGUUGGUCGUGUAAGACGAAUGACAGUUGUGAGAAAUGUUAAUUUUUCAAAAGAUAAAAAUUGCAACGCCUUGAUCACCACAAAUGAAAAGAAACAAAAUGAGAACGAUGCUGGUUUAGUUGAAAAUGGUUUGGCUAAAGUACGCCGUCUCAAAAUGGUUGAAGAAGAUGAUUCUGGAGAAGCAACUUUGGUAGUUUAUCUAUCAUUGACUUAG